UGUCAAUAUAUUGGUAAUCCUUCACAAACGCCGUUGUUUGGUUUUCCGUGCGGUAUCGCGCAUUUUAACAAACAAUAUUUCGUGUAUUUUCGGCUAAUUAAAGCAAAGUGAACGUUUCAUAAUGGCUUCGAUAGCAGCCGCUCAGGUGCAAGAAGUGCGUUCGAUUACUCGGAUCGAACGUAUUGGUGCCCACUCACACAUUCGCGGUCUCGGUCUUGAUGAUUCCUUGGAGCCUAGAGCCGUGUCCCAGGGCAUGGUGGGGCAGAAGAUGGCCAGGAAGGCCGCCGGCGUCAUCCUCCAGAUGAUUCGAGAAGGUAAAAUAGCAGGAAGAGCAGUUUUGCUAGCUGGCCAGCCCGGAACAGGGAAGACGGCCAUCGCCAUGGGCCUCGCUCAGGCUCUCGGACCUGACACUCCAUUCACAAGCAUGGCUGGUUCUGAAAUAUUCUCCCUCGAGAUGAGCAAAACCGAGGCUCUUACACAAGCCAUCAGGAAGUCUAUCGGUAUUCGAAUCAAAGAAGAAUCAGAGAUUAUAGAAGGAGAAGUAGUAGAAGUCGUAGUCGAGCGCUCGGCGGGCGGCGGUGGGGCGCGUGUGGGCAGACUCACGCUCAAGACCACGGACAUGGAGACCAACUACGAUAUGGGAGCUAAGAUGAUCGACUCGCUGCUCAAGGAGAAGGUCCAAGCCGGUGACGUCAUCACCAUAGACAAGGCAACGGGCAAGAUAAACAAGCUUGGUAGGAGUUUUGCAAGAGCCAGAGACUAUGAUGCUACCGGUCAGCAAGCCAGAUUCGUCCAAUGCCCCGAAGGUGAACUACAGAAACGCAAAGAAGUCGUACACACAGUCACUCUACAUGAAAUUGAUGUCAUCAACUCUAGAACACAUGGAUUCUUAGCCCUGUUCUCAGGUGACACAGGAGAAAUCAAGUCAGAGAUUCGUGAACAGAUCAACAGUAAGGUGGCGGAGUGGCGCGAGGAGGGGAAGGCGGAGAUGAUACCGGGAGUCCUGUUCAUUGACGAGGCGCACAUGCUGGACGUGGAGUGCUUCUCGUUCCUGAACCGCGCGCUGGAGUCGGACACGGCGCCCGUGCUCAUCAUGGCCACCAACCGCGGCAUCACGCGCAUCCGGGGCACGAGCUACCGCUCGCCGCACGGCAUCCCGCUCGACCUGCUCGACAGGAUGAUCAUCGUGCCCACCUCGCCCUACUCGCACCAGGAGCUGCGCGAGAUACUCAACAUCAGGUGCGAGGAGGAAGACUGCCAGAUGUCCGCUGACGCCCUGACGGUGUUGACGCGCGUGGCUACUGAGACCUCGCUCCGCUACGCCAUACAGCUGAUCACCACCGCCUCGCUGGUGGCGCGCAGGAGGAAGGCCGCCGAGGUGAGCAUGGAGGACGUCAAGAAGGUUUACUCCCUGUUCCUGGACGAGCACCGCUCCGAGCAGUUCCUGAAGGAGUACCAGGAUGAGUUCAUGUUCAACGAUGGAUCUGGCGAUGCAUCGCAACUAAUGGAGGUGUCGCAGUAAACCUGUUAAUUCCAAAUAUGUUCGCUUUAACUUGCUUAGAAUAUUGUUUUAGUUUUAUCUACUAUAAUUAUAAUCUCCACAAAUUGCUAACAGUUGCAACGUUGUUACAGAACAUUCAAAGAUUUAAUUAAAAACCCACUUUUUUAAAUGUCACUCUAAUUAGAUUUAAAAUCGUGGUCACCUUUGUCAAAUUUAUCAAAUUCGGUUUAGCCGCUUUUAUAGUUGCAAAUGGCAUUGGCAUCGGGUUUGAAGCUACCCUGAAAAUUUCAGCCUGCUAGCUUAUCGGGAAGUGCCUCAAAAUUGAGUUGCAAAAAUCCAACCGGAACGACAAACAAACAAGAAAAGUGAGUCUAUAAAACAAAACAAAAAUCUGCUUUAAAAAACGGCCUGCAAUAUAAAUGUUCUGUCAAAUGACGUCAUCACUAUGGCGAACGUGUGUUAGCAAUAUGCCGAGAUUAUUCUUACAUGGAAUGUAUUUUAGGUUACUAUAAGUUUUUAAUUGUAAGUUUGUAUUAAAUGAAUAUCGAAAAAUGGAA